CUGUCCCAUGCCACUAUAUAACAAAUGGUCUCCUCUCCCUGCAUCGUGAGGCCGGACUGAUCGAGGAGACAGACGACUCAGGGGCACAAGGCACAUAGCAAGCAAUGGGCAACAGCCUUAGGUGCUGCCUGGCCUGCGUCCUGCCCUGCGGCGCGCUGGACCUGAUCAGGAUCGUCCACCUCAACGGCCGGGUCGAGGAGUACGGCCGGCCGGUGGCCGCCGGCGAGAUCCUGGCCGCCAACCCGAACCACGUGCUCAGCAAGCCGUGCUCUCAGGGCGUCGCCGUGCGGAGGAUCCUCAUCGUGUCCCCAGACUCCGAGCUGGAGCGCGGCGAGAUAUACUUCCUCAUCCCGGCGUCGUCGGUGCCGCCGGAGAAGAAGCAGCAGCAGCAGAAGAGCGUCCUGCAGGCCGGCUUGCACGGCGACCAGCUGGUGGUCAAGAAGGCAUCGGCGCCGGUCCAUGGCAAGACCGCUCAUCAUCCCAAGAGCAAUGGGCGCCGUGAGUUGGGUGACGCCUUGUCACAGAAGAGGUCGUCGUCGUCGUCGCACCGGCGACGACGCAGCGGCGGCUGCAGAACCGCCGUAUGGAAGCCACACCUCGAGUGCAUUCUUGAGGACACUUGAGCAGAAGUGGAUCCAUUUUUUUUCUUUUUUUUUCUUUUUGUUUUGUUUUGUGAAUCAAAGGGGGCUAAUGUAAUGUAACACCACCACCAGCAUGGUGUUUUGCUCACUUUGUGCGGUUAAUUAGUGAGUGUUUUAAAUUUUUUUUGGGUAAUUGUAUAUCCAUGUAAUGUUUUCCCCUUCCUACAUAUAUAUGAUGGAAAUGGAGAGGGAGGGUUGCCAGAUCUUUCUUGUUCUUGUUCGCUCUGCAAUUGUCUUCCUGAUUUUCAGGGUUUGUGCAGUGGUUGAGGAAGAGAGUAAAUGAUGAGGAGACUCAAAAAUAUUUCAUCAAAAUAAACAAUACUCCUGCAAUACAAGUUGUUCUGUUUGAA